GGGAGCCCCCCCGGCUGCGGGCGAGGAGCUGUCGGGGGUGUUCCAGCACAUGGCAAAGUGCGAGUGUUACUUCAUCAACGGCACCGAGCAGGUGAGGUUUGUGCAGAGGUUCGUCUACAACCGGGAGCAGUUCAUACACUUUGACAGCGAUGUGGGGUCUUUGUGGGGGACACCCCGUAUGGGGAGAUGCUGGCCAGUGCCCCCCAGCGUGUCCAUCUCGCUGGUGCCAUCGAGCUCCCAGCCCGGCCCCGGCCGCCUGCUCUGCUCCGUGAUGGAUUUCUACCCUGCGCCGGUGCAGGUGAGGUGGUUCCAGGAUGGGCAGGAGCUGCCGGAGCACGUGGUGGCCACCGACGUGGUCCCCAAUGGGGACUGGAGCUACCAGGUGCUGGUGCUGCUGGAAAUCCCCCCCCGUCGCGGGGUCACCUACAGCUGCCAGGUGGAGCACGUCAGCCUGGAGCACCCCCUCAGCCGGCACUGGGAGAUGUCACCGGACACCGUCCACAGCAAGAUCCUGGUGGGGGUCGGGGGCUUCGUCUUGGGCUUGGUCUUCCUGGCGCUGGGGCUCGGCUUCUACCUGUGGGAGAAGCCCACGGACCCCCCCGAACCCCCCAGCCCCGGGGCUGCCGCGGGGGCCCCCAACGGGGUGUUCCAGCUAAUGACAAAGUCCGAGUGUUACUUCAUCAACGGCACCGAGCGGGUGAGGCUCGUGAAGAGGUACAUCUACAACCGGGAGCAGUAUGCCCGCCUCGAGAUCGAUUUGGGGACCUAUGUGGAGGACACCCUGUUUGGGGAGAAGGUUGCCAGGGAAUGGAACCACCUCCCGGAAUGGCGGGAGCUCAAAUGGUCUGAGAUGGAAAGGUUCUGCAGGCACAACUACGAAUUCUCCACCACACUCCUGGUCAACCGCAGAGUGCCCCCCAGCGUGUCCAUCUCGCUGGUGCCGUCGAGCUCCCAGCCCAGCCCCGGCCGCCUGCUCUGCUCCGGGAUGGAUUUCUACCCUGCGCCGGUGCAGGUGAGGUGGUUCCAGGAUGGGCAGGAGCUGCCGGAGCACGUGGUGGCCACCGACGUGGUCCCCAACGGGGACUGGAGCUGCCAGGUGCUGGUGCUGCUGGAAAUCCCCCCCCGGCGCGGGGUCACCUACAGCUGCCAGGUGGAGCACGUCAGCCUGGAGCACCCCCUCAGCCGGCACUGGGAGAUGCCACCGGACACCGUCCGCAGCAAGAUCCUGGUGGGGGUCGGGGGCUUCGUCUUGGGCUUGGUCUUCCUGGCGCUGGGGCUCGGCUUCUACCUGCGGGAGAAGAGCUCCUGAGCCACCGGUGGCCGCAGCCCCUCCCCGUGGCCUCGAGCCCAGCCGGGACUCCCAAACCCUGCCCUGAUUUGGGGGGGUCGCCUGUCCCCCCCAUCCCUGCUUUUGUUCUCACCCCACCCAGCUGUUCCCAGU